AUGCCUUCAACCCCAGCGCAACCGAAUGCCACGGCGACUUCGGAUACGGACUCGACCGAGAAUACGCCAUCUCCAACUCCCACCGAGUCUGAACCGACUUCUCCCUCGGAAACACCAACAUCAUCUGAGGAACCGACAUCGUCAAGCAGUACCGAGAGUACCUCAUCUACGGAAACAACCGAAAGCACCUCAACGACCCAAGAGUCUCCUACACCUACUAGCACUGCGACGACGACUACCACCACAGACGAGUCAACUUCAUCUACUACUGAUGAACCGACUUCCAGUACUGAUGAGUCGACUUCCAGCGCAGAGACCAGUCCAGAAACAACCACAACCGUCGUUACUGUAACGGGUUCGACAACUACCAGUACAAUAACAGAUGGAGAUGCGGCUUCAACCAUAGGGUCAUCAUCCACUGCUUCGGCAACAGACACAGACGGCGGUGGCUCCGGACUGUCAGCAGGUGGUACGAUAGCUGUCGCAGUUGUGGUUCCGGUCGCUUCUGUCGCUAUAAUUGUCCUAUUAGGGCUGUGGCUCUGGAGGAGACACAAAGCAAAGAAGGUAGCGGAAGAGGAGCGCAGAAAGGAAGUUGAGGAGUACGGGUUUAAUCCGAACGGUGACCCAACACUGCCCGCCGUAAUGGGCGGCGGUGCAGACGAUAACUCAGGAUAUCGUGGAUGGGGGACAACUUCUGCAGGCCGUAAAGCGUCCACGAAUCUAUCAAGCAGUGCUGGCGUUGGCCUGGCAAUGUCUGAGGCUGGAAGCCAGCCGGGCUACCAACACGCCGCAACCCCCAGCGAUGGCACCAUUCAAUAUUCUGAAGGACAUGGUGGUCUUGGUGAGACCGAACCCUAUGGAAUUCUGGGCGCGGCUCCUGUCGCUGGCGCUGCUACCUCUAAUCAGCGCAAUGUCGAUAUCAACCGUGGCCCAUCCAAUGCAUCAUCCGCAUAUUCUGCUGCAAAUCAUUCGGAUAUCUCAGAGGAAAGCCACAUGUCUGCCGCACAUCCAGGUGGCCCAUACUAUGAUUAUACCGAUGCGCAGCAACCAUAUGGGGGGUAUAGCGACCCAUAUGGAGGCCAGCCAGUGAUUCGGGAUGUCCAGGCACGCCGCAACACGCAGAUCCAGAAUCCGUCUGUGUUCCCGCGGCAAGGAAACGCCGGAAUCGCGCAGAAUUUCUGA